CAAUUCCUGCAACGUCCAGCCACGCCCUCCCCACAGGACAUCCACCCCCAGUCUCAUCACCCAGGAGGAGCGACGAGGAAUCAAGCAGCCAGCUAAACAACCAACCCCAUCGUCGGUAGAUAGCCACGCUGCUGGGCUCGAUCCGGCCGAUCGAUCGCAUGCGGCACCUACGGAUGCCCCACGCAUCCGUCUUCUGAGAUCUCGGUUGCUCCAUGGGGAGCGGCAAGGCAUCGUCCCCGCCAGGCGCCGCUGCCGGCGGGAGCGCCCCGCCGCCGGGCGGCGCCGUCGUCUGCUGCAUGUGCGGCGACCGCGGCGUCCUGUCCGAGCUCUUCCGCUGCUCCGCCUGCUCCGUCCGCUCCCAGCACACAUACUGCACGGAUAGGUACCCGAAGGCGGAGUCGUACGGCACCUGCAACUGGUGCCUCAGGGCGGAUGGGCGCGUGGCUUCUACUUCUAACUCGCCGAGAUCCGCUGGCAAAGCGGCUGCCCGGCCGCCAUCUCACGGUGGUGACACGAUCGGCAGCGGAAGAUCGCCCAAGGUUGCCGCUCGUGGCGACUUUGCGUCUUCCAACCUGAGCAAGCCUGUCAAGAAGCAGCAUGCGCAGCGGAUCCUGCUGCGGCGGUCGGCGUCGGACCUUGGCAGCCGCGUUCCUACCGACCACAACGCGCCGCCGUCGCCCGGCGUCGCGCGUGGCAGGCCGAAGGUCCGGAGGUACAAGCUCCUGGAAGAGGUGAUCAGUAGCUAAUAAUAGUCUAACUAGCGAUACCCGGUGCGGUGUCGAUGUCGUGGAAAACAUUAUCGAGUGCGUGUGCGUAUUAGAUGUAUAAUACGUACGUGCAUGUGUAUCUAGCUAAUAUAUAGGGGUAGACACGGCAUCUUGCGGUGCUGCCAUGCAUGCAUGGAAAUACUACGUGCUGAUCGAUCUCAAGCAUUACUCAGGGUGCUCGCGUCGUGUUGUAUUUG